UGCUCCUCCCUCCGCCGUGGCGCUCUCUGCGCGCGCUCUCCUUCGUCGUGCUCGAGAUGUCGCUCGAAGCGCUGCUGCCGAGCGUCAGCCUCGCCAUGGUGCUGCUCAUCAUUCAGGGGGGCGUGGACGCGACGGGCGUGCUCUUGAAUGGCGUCGCGGUAUGCUUCGUCCUCACGAUCGACGACGAGGUGCCACACGUACUUCUCUCCGCCGCCGACAAGCUCGCGAUUGACAACUUUGCCACCGCGGCCGGCGACCGCAACACCCUCGUUAACAUCAAGCGGAAGUCUCUUUGCCACGCUGCGACGGCGCUGGUGCUAUUGUUUCUCAUGUUCUUUGUCUGCCAGCGCGCCACCUGCGACAACCUGGUCCUCGCAUGCUUCGGCCUCUGCUGCCUCACGCCGCUGUGCACGCGCCUCGCCGAGGAGAUGGUCGGCCUCCCCUACACGCUCGGCCUCUCCCGCGCCAACCGGAGCGAGGCGAUGCGGCGCACCGCCUCCUCGGCGAGCGGCGAGGUGGGCGGCGCCGAGGAGCCUCGCAUCCCGCGCAGGGGCUCGAAAGUGGAGCGCCACCUCUCCUCGCUCCGAGCGUCGAUCCGCCACCGCGCGGCAGCGACGGUACGGACCAGUUCGGGCCGCGCCGGGCUGGCGGCGCUGCACGCCACUCGUUGCCUGCUCGAGGGCAUGCUCACAACGUGUGUGCUGCUGCUGUUUGGGCGCCUCGCCAUCAGCCUCUACAUGUGGGACAUGCCCUACAUCCACCAGUACGUGUGGGACGAGUGAGCUGAGCGCGGCUCACCUGUUCUUCAUUCAUUCUCA